GGCAAUCCUCUCUACUACACGGGCGCCAUGACUGACUGAUUUUGUGAGCCGAGAAGACCCUCGGCCUUCGUCCGGGCCAUCUGGGCCAUGUCCUCAGAUCACCGUGGCAGCGCAGUAACAGAGUUCGUGUCCGACUGUCUCUAUAACGGCACCAUGAACCGGAUCCACACGCGAAUCCAGAGCCGGGUCUUCAGCUCCGUCCUGCGCCAGGAGAUCGGCUUCUUCCAUGCCAACCGCACCGGGGACAUCACGUCGCGGGUGACGGCCGACACGGACGCCAUGAGCGAGGCGCUGAGCUGGAAGCUGAGCCUGCUGAUGUGGUACGGGAUGCGGGGAGCCUUCCUCUUCGGCCUCAUGCUGCAGGUGUCGCUGCGCCUGGCGCUCUUCACCGCUGUGGGGCUGCCCCUCGUCCUGCUGGUGCCCAAGCUCUCCGGGAAAUUCCACCAGAGCCUGGCGCAGCAGGUGCAGGAGUCCCUGGCCAAGGCUAACGAGGUGGCGGUGGAGACCUUCCAGGCCAUGCCCACGGUGCGCAGCUUUGCCAAUGAGGAGGGGGCCGCCCAGCGCUACGGACAGCGGCUGCAGGAGACCUACCGGCUCAACAAGCAGGAGGCAGCCGCCUACGCCGCCUCCAUGUGGACCAACAGCCUGUCGGGGCUGGCGCUGAAGGUGGGGAUCCUGUACUACGGGGGGCGGCUGGUCACCGCCGGGGCCGUCAGCACCGGGGACCUGGUCACCUUCGUCCUCUACGAGAUGCAGUUCACCACGGCCGUGGAGGUGCUGCUCUCCACCUACCCCAGCGUGCAGAAGGCCGUGGGCUCCUCGGAGAAGAUCUUUGAGUACAUGGAGCGAACGCCCCAGAUCAGCCCCCCCGGGACACUGGCCCCCGCCAGCCUGCGUGGGCAUCUCCAGGUGCAGGAUGUCUGGUUCUCCUACCCCGGCCGGGACGACGCCCCUGUGCUCAAGGGGGUGUCUCUGGAGCUGCGCCCCGGGGAGGUGACGGCGCUGGUGGGCCCGUCGGGCGCGGGGAAGACGUCGCUGGUGGCCCUGCUGGAGCGUUUCUAUGAGCCUCAGCGCGGGCGCCUGCUGCUGGAUGGGCGGGACCUGCGGGAGUAUGAGCAUCAUUACCUGCACAGCAAGGUGGCGCUGGUGAGCCAGAAGGCUCGUGCUGGUCGCGUCCGCCUCGCUGCAUGAAAACAUCGCCUAUGCGGGCUGGGG